AUGACGAAGAACAUCUUCAUGGAGAGCGGGACUACCCUGCUGCUUCACGACGACCUCGGCUGCGACGAACUGCGGAUAAUCUCGAGCUCGACAAACGCACGCCAUUUGCGAGCGUUCGGAGCGUACAUCUCCCUUCUAAGGACAAAGCUGACCUCUUGGAGCGUCGGGAACAGAGCCCCCGACAACGGCGCGUACGAUGGACUCAAUGCGCGGUCCUUCAUUUCGGCGGUGAGCGAGAUGACUCACCCCUCCGACACGUGCGAUGGCGCAGCCGAUGACGAUGCGGGGGAAGCGAGAAUGGACAGUAAAUCUAGGAGCCGUCGGUGGUAG